GAGGCGAUGGGGGGCCGCUGGCUCCUCCUGCCGCUAAGGAAACAUUAACUUAAGAGUCCUGCUAUCGUUUGGGGAUAAAACACGUUAGAGAGUACCUUGCAGAAAAGAGCUUAAGACUAAAUAGGCGCAAACGACAAUGCAAAUUGCUGUUUUUACGGUUGAUGCAUUUACAAACCAGCCAUUUUCUGGAAAUCCUGCGGCAGUUUGUCUGCUUGAAAAUGACCUGGAUGAAGCUUUGCACCAAAAAAUUGCAACAGAAAUGAACCUUUCAGAAACUGCUUUCAUCAGAAAACUGAACCCUGGAGAUGACUUUACCAAAAGUUCCUGCUUUGGACUCCGAUGGUUCACCCCAGCCAAUGAAGUUCCUCUCUGUGGUCAUGCUACACUUGCAGCAGCUGCUGUGUUGUUUCACAUAAAAAAAAACACAAAUUCAGUUCUCACAUUUGUGACGCUGAGUGGGGAAUUAAAAGCCAGACAAGUGGAAGAUCAUAUUGUCCUGGACCUACCACUGUACUUAACCUACCCACAGGUACUUCAGGAAGUAGAAGAGUUAAUAAAGGCAGCCAUUGGUGACAUGAUUGUUCAAGAUCUCCGUUAUUCUCCUGACACAAAGAAACUCCUAGUCCGCCUCAGUGAUGCUUAUGAAAGGUCUGUGUUGGAAGAACUGCAAGUGAGCGCACAACGCUUUUUGUCAGCUGAAAAGACGGGAAAGGUGAAAGGACUCAUACUCACUCUUAAGGGAAAUUCCAGUGGAAAACAUAAAGGCCAUGAUUUUUACUCCAGAUAUUUUGCACCUUGGUAUGGAAUUCUGGAAGACCCUGUUACAGGAUCUGCCCAUGCUGUUUUAAGCAGCUACUGGUCAGAGCAGCUGGGGAAGAAAGAAAUGCUUGCUUUUCAAUGUUCCCGCCGUGGAGGAGAGUUGAAGAUUUCCCUGCGUAAUGACGGAAGAGUUGACAUUGCGGGGCAAAUUGCUAUUGUAUUAAAAGGAAACCUGAUUUUCUGAAGAAAUUGACACUAAUCUCCCACACCUUCAAAUUAUUCAUAUUAUGCUGAUUAUUUCUUAGCUCUAGGCAGUGAAUCACCACUGUCCUCAGAAGUCUUUGAUUACUCAUUGUCCAUUUUUAAAAAUUGCUUGAAAAUGCUCACUUCUAAUCUUCAAGAUCCCUGGUAUUGUUUUCUUCACUUUCAUCUUGCCACUUCAUAUGUACACUGACUUCAGAAAAUGUCUGAGGACAGCUGUCUCGUUUUUCUGCUUUUAAAUUAUUCUUUUCUUUAUUUCCAAAUUCCAUGUUAAAAGCCAUUCCUCCUUCCUCGAUUGAAUUGUAAACUUUUCUCAUUGAUAAAAUAAUCAAACUUCCAUAUUCAGUCAUUUUCCAUGAAACCUGGCUACAGUCCUUUUAAAAAAAAAAAACCACAAAACUUUUCUCUGCCAUAUAUUGAAAUGAUGCUUAUACAUUCAUUAAUUUACUUGAAUUAAAACAUUAACAAAAUAUAAAUGGUUUAGAAAUGUGCUUUAUGGUUCUCUUACGAGCAUUAUUUUUGAAAGAUGAAUGGUAUUGCAGUGGCUUGUAGUACAGCUGCUUACUCAAUAUUUUUAAUUAAAGUUUUAGCAGAAAGAUUUAAGAGAUUGACAUAGUGAUGCACAUAAAAGUGGUUAAAAUCUGAAAGAAAACUUUGUUGGUUACAGCAAUGUCAUUUACUUUUCAAAGACUGAAGAUGUGCUCCUAAAUUAAGUUUCUUCUGUAAUUUUCUUCAUGAAGUAUACUGCUUCAGACUUUGUCACUUUUUCCUUUAGUGUUCUCGUCUUUCUCUGGAUUUAUUAGGAAUAUUGAACUGUUUCAGUUACUCUAGCUAAAACUCUGUUUUCACUUUCAAAUCACUUUUGUCCUAAGCUCUGCUUUAGUUCUUUUUCUUUGCAAUAUUUCAGGAUGAAGUAUUUUGAACUUAAAGCAUUUUCAUACUGUGGGAACAGCUGGAUGUCAGCCCUUUAUAAAUGAUGAGGAGCUUAGUUGUCCCAAGUUCCCCUAUUUCCAGUUAGUUUGAAUUUUAUCAUAACUCUUAACUUACAUCGUACCUAAGUCUGAGAAGCUGGAGGCAAGUAACAGUGUGAGAAUCCUUGGAUUCAUUUGAAAUAGAAGUUUCUAGCUCCUGCCGUUACACAGAAUGUAUUGAAAAGAUUAUUUAAAUGCACUACAAAGCUCAAGAGCUAGGUGGCAAGCAAAAGGAAUCUCAAAAUGGAAAUGCACGUUCUUCUUCUGUAUUCAGUCUUGCUGAAGUUCAUGGACUUGAAAUGUGGUUUAUAAACAUGGACUCAUCAUCACGGCUAUGGAGGCAGCUUAACAGUAAAGUUGCGAUGGCAUAUUUAGCAGCCACCUUGACCUUGCCUUCUCACAAAGCAAACCAAUCACUUUCUGGCUAGUGACCUGGACGUUCUUGAGGAGCAAUACUGCAAGCUUGUUUUGCUGCAUUUGCUACUUCCUGCUGGCUUAUGCAAAGAGUGAAUCUGGCCCAUAAUCUGAGAUGCUUUGGAAAAAAAAACCUUCCUUAAGAAUAUAAGUGAACUAAAGAAGCAAUUAUUGUUCACCCAUCCACAUUAACAAAUAGACAGUACAAUUAUUUUUUUUACUCAAAGGGAGUAAUAAUGAACAAAGCCCAGUAAAUUUUAAAUAUAUUUGCUAUCUAAAUUUCCUGACCAAACCAAUAUCUUUGCUGCUUAAUGCAUUUCUUUUUAUAGUUUACUAUUACUUUGUCUCUAUUUCUGUUCAGGAUAGAAAAAUCACCAGAGCUCAGGUGGGAGACUAUGCAGUAAUGUGUUUGUAAUCAACAGAUUAGUUAAUCAGCCAUGAUUUAUUGAUGAUGAAUUAAUUAUACCUGAUUGUGCAGUUCUGCUGCUUAAAUGAAGCUUUAAAGGAGUUAUUUUAUUAAUCAUCAUUGUGCUAAUUGCAGACACUUACAGAAGGAUUGCUAAUUAAACAUGCAGCCAUAUGCAAAACAAGCAAGGCUGCUGAGAGUGGCAAGAAAAAGAGCACUCAUUUUUUGAAUAGCAACUUUAUUCUCAUGAAAUAUUGUGUAGUUGACCUGGUGAUCCUAGUUACUCACUAAGACUUAUUUUUAAUACAUUGCGCAUUUUCAGUCAACAGUAAAGGAAAUUAAUUGUUUUGACAAAUUCUGUCUAUCUUUCCUAGUGCAAAAAAUAGGUUGUGCGAACUUCAAAUAAAAAAUUAUUUAGAAAUAA